CAGCUCCCACGUGUGACAACCCUGCGUUCUAAGGACGUCGGUGUCUAGGAAAGAGCCCCAAGCCCUCCCAGCUUCCUGCCGCUGAGGAACCCCGGGGCGUUCAUCAUGAUGGCCAAUCCGCCUGAGGGACACCCCACAAAGCUGAAGGGGGAGCCCACCGCGAGCGGUGUGCCAGCGUCGGUCCCCAUAGAGGACCCAGCUGCUGCACGACGCGGCUGCUGCAGAUCCCGGGACCAGGUGCUCCGCUGCCUGCGCGCCAACCUGCUGGUGCUGCUGACGGUGGUGGCCGUGGUGGCGGGCGUGGCGGUGGGGCUCGGGGUGUCGAAGGCGGGCGGCGCGGUCGCGCUGGGCCCCUCGCGCCUGGCGGCCUUCGCCUUCCCUGGGGAGCUGCUGCUUCGCCUGCUGCGGAUGAUCAUCUUGCCGCUGGUGGUGUGCAGCCUGAUCGGCGGCGCCGCCAGCCUGGAUCCCAAAGCGCUCGGCCGCCUGGGCGCCUGGGCGCUGCUCUUUUUCCUGGUCACCACGCUGAUAGCGUCCGCUGUCGGCGUGAGCUUGGCGCUGGCGCUGCAGCCCGGCGCCGUCCUGGCCACCAACUCCUCUGCAGGAGACACCGACUCUGCGGGAAAAGCCCCCAGCAAGGACGUGCUGGAUUCCUUCCUGGAUCUUGUGAGAAAUAUCUUCCCCUCCAACCUGGUGUCUGCGGCCUUCCGCUCAUACGCUACCUCCUAUAAAGAGAAAGAUCUCAAUGGAACCAAGGUGAAGGUGCCUGUGGGGGAUGAGGUGGAGGGUAUGAACAUCCUGGGCCUGGUGGUGUUUGCCAUCACCUUUGGCGUGUGCCUGCGGAAGCUGGGGUCUGAGGGAGAGCUGCUCAUCCGCUUCUUCAAUUCCUUCAACGACGCCACCAUGGUGCUGGUCUCCUGGAUCAUGUGGUAUGCCCCCGUGGGCAUCCUGUUCCUGGUGGCCAGCAAGAUCGUGGAGAUGGAGGACGUGGGCAUGCUCUUCAGCAGCCUGGGCAAAUACGUCCUGUGCUGCGUGCUGGGCCACCUGAUCCACGGGCUCCUGGUGCUGCCCCUCAUCUACUUCGUCUUCACCCGGAAGAACCCCUACCGCUUCCUGUGGGGCAUCACGGCAGCGCUGGCCACCGCCUUCGGGACCUCCUCCAGGUGUGACCUCGGGGCGGGCCAGGGCGAGAUUUUGAAGCUAAGGGACCUGGAGCAGGCAUCACAAGUCUGAAGGCCCGUGUACCCUGCUGGGGACAUUGGGCCUGGGUGCAUGGUCCCUCCUUUCCUAAGUUUCUCACAGGGUCUUGGACCUAACCCCCACUCCCCAGGCCCCCCUAAAAUAAGGAAACUACUGCUUUAGAGAUUUCUUCCUCCCUUCCUGAGAACCCCUCUCCCCGCCAAGGCCCAGCCCUGGGGGACUCUAGUG